CCAUCAUCAUCAUCAUCAUCAGAGGGUCAUUCCCAUCACGCUCCACUCAUCAUAACAGAUUCCUGACCACAUCCCUUCCUUCGUCCUCGUCUUCAUCUUUCUCAUCAUUCUUGACGCGUCUUCGUAAUGUGAGAGGGCGUCAGCUCUUACUUGCUUUCACAUAUUGUUCCUUUAUUCCUCAGGAACAAACAUUUCACACCUUCACCUUGUCGGUCUCACUUGCACAGCAUCGCAGGCACUGCGCUCUGCUUAGCCAAAAGCUAGCCAGUAUCGUGUCAUAGAUAAUCCCUCCCCCUCCCCUUCCUCCUCGACACAACAAUCUACACAUGGGCGUCCUUCGGUCCUUGUGGACAGUCUACUUGUUGUCAUUCGUGCCACUGGUGCUCUUCUCUCUCUCGCAAGGACUUGCCCCGGUCGGUGCACAGAACAGCUCCCCCUACGUGCCCAUAGCUAACGCUGGCUCGGCCAUUCUUUCUGAUGGGGCCCUCUAUCUUUACGGGGGUGUCAGCGCGUUUGCGCCGGACCCCAACGGGCUCAACACCGGCACCAACCAGUUUCUUCGCCUCGACCUUACUCACGACUUUAAUACCACCGCCCCGCCAUGGACUCGUCUUCCGAACUAUCUGACCUAUACAAUGAUUGAGGCUGCGCCCAGUAAGAACGGCAAGCAGUUUAUCCUUGGCGGCAACAGAGACAACAACGGCCCACUAUCCUACAUAUACGAUAUUUCCUCGACGAACUGGAUCGCAGCCCCCAACCUACCGUACUUGAGCUCUAUGAAUGGGUAUAAGCGCUGGAACGCUGGCAUGGCCCUCGACCCUGUCACUGGCCUAAUCACCAUCUAUGGCGGGUUCCCUUUCAUGUCCUUCUCUAAAGAGCUCAGCAUUCUCAAUACCACCAGUACCGACCCCGCACAAAUGAGCUGGACCUAUUCUGUCAACCAGACUGUGAUCCCGCCAUUAUACAAUCCUAUGGUCCUUUACCUCCCUACUCUGAGCAAGACUAUUGUUUUGGGAGGAUGCGACACCUACAAUGGCCUCACUGGUCGGAUCAGCAGCUGCGCGCUACUCACCACCGUGUACCUGUUUUCGAGCUCAGAGCCAAAUUUGAUCCAACCGCGGACGCUCAUGAUGGGACCAAAACCUCGCUAUCAAGUAUGCAGGGUAGUCCUGGAUGAUGGCAACGUUUUUAUUCAAGGCGGCAGGGAUCUGACUAGUUUCUUUGGCGAUGCCUGGAUCCUCGACGUUUCGAACUGGACCUGGAGCACUAUUACGAUCAAUGGGCCUGCAGAAGCAAUGACUCGCGCUGGACACACCUGUCAGAUGGGUCCUAAUGGACAAAUUAUCGCCGUUGGAGGUAAGACACCAAGAAACAUCCCAGCAAAGCAGCUUUUAUUUGUUUACCAAUGACAUCGUUGCGCCGUGCUGCGGAAAACUGUGUGAUCGAUCGAAUGUGGGCAAGGCUCAACCAUUAUUAUUAUUAUCUUUCUGCUUGAAGAACAGUUUUCAUAAUAUGCUUGCUUAACUUAAUUGCAUGCACGGCCACUCCUGGGCGCACUAGGCACUAGUCGCCAUUAAAUGCUCCGUUCAACGCCCACUUGCAGCUGACAUCAAAAUUA